AUGUUGCUUAGUGAGCGCAUGAUACCAUCGCCGCAAAGGGAGACGGCUAUGGAUCGACUGUUGAAUUCGCUAGAAGAUCGUGGAAGGGACCUGGAGCAUCAGGCUAAGGACGAGAAAGAGGGGACGGCCCCAGUUCCCAAAGUGGCCAGACUUCUUCGCGAUGGCCAAGGAAAAUUUAUGUAUAUUGGUGAUUCAGCAAGUCUGUCUUUCUUACAGAGUGUGCGCCGUGUUGUUACUUCUUCAAUUGGCCGAUGCGAGUUCACCGAAGAUAAUUCGCGACAUUCCAUGCUCGAAGCUUUUCAGAACAACCCAAGCUCUCAGCAACCUGGGCCUCUCGUGACGCCUCCGAGUGACAACGAGGCUCAUAGGCUAGCUCACCAAUUUGUGCUUGCCACGAGCCCUCUACUGGAUUUGUUCGACCUGAAAGAGUUCCACCCGCGACUUGCCAGCUGGGUUGCAAAUCCCUCAGGCGAUGAAGACACUGUCAGUUCGAUUUUCUAUCUGGUACUUGCUAUUGGAGCCCAAGUUUCCGAGAUAGACCAAAGCUUGGCGGAACAAUACUUUGGCAGUGGUCGUCAAUUGGCGUUCUCUGCCUUCCAGGAAACCCCGAGCAUCUCCACUAUACAAUCAUACAUUUUGGUUUCCAUGUACAUGCUCGGUGCCUGCAGACGUAAUGGCGCAUUCAUGAACCUUGGAAUUGCUUUGCGUGCUGCUUACGCUGUGGGAAUUCACCGGAAAGACGCAAACGCACUGUUCUGUGGGCGCGAACAACGGGCGAGGGAGCGAGUCUGGAAGAGUCUCCGUAUGAUGGAUCUUUUCCUCAGUGCCUCCUUAGGCCGGCCUCCCGCGACGUCUGACUAUGACUAUGACAUCCGCGAUGAUGUUCUUGUGUCAGAAGAAUCACAGGCACUUCAGACACCCGAAAAGCAGCUCUCCAUUGCAGUUAUCUCACUGUGUCGAAUCUUCGAACGAAUUCUGACGGAUGUCUAUAUGAAACAAGUGAUCUCGAUCAAUGUUGCAGAGAAUAUCUCGAAUCAGCAUCGGGCCUGGGUUCGGACCCUGCCAACAAUUCUCAAGAUGCAGACCGAAACCCUUGAAAACAAGACCAUGGAAAGCAGUCUAGCUGCGGCCCAUGUAUUCGGGUCAUACUACUGGUCAAUAAUCUUGCUGACUCGGCCAUUUCUCAUUUACCGCGUUGCUCAAUAUGUCAAGGGCAAAGUCGAUCCAUCUUCCACCCCCGAGACUCGAAAUGGGAGUUCUCGUAUUGCACUGUUCGCCGAUGCAUGUGUCUAUUCAGCACUGCGAGGCUUGGACGUGGUCGAUGAUCUCAGCCACUAUGAUGCCCUCCCACGACGGCUACCAUUCCUGAUCAACUCUGUCUUCAACUCCGUCAUUGUGCUCGGCGCAGCUUUUUUUGCCGACUACGACAACCUUCUCCCAUUAGAUGAGGGGAUAAAUAAGGCCGAGCGGUUCCUAGGGCUGUUCGUGCCGCAUGAUCCUCAUGCCUGUCGCUUUUUUCAGAUCAUCAAGUACCUCCGUGGAGCCGUGAGCGAGUAUGUCUCACGACGAAAUAGACAAUGGAUGGAUCGCCGCAGUAAGCAAGUGGACCAACUUUUCGGCCAAGUCGGUGGUGGCGAAGAUCCUAGCUCUCUGACGGGGGCCGGUCGUGAUAUUCCUGGCCGACUGAAUAGCGGCCCACCCUCAGUAGCGGUGCCUUCUCCAAUCUCCCCGGGCAAACUGGCUGGUAGCACACCAUCCUCUCUUCUUGCCCCGCAGCCGCAACAGUUUUCUGCUAGUGAUGAUGUAUGGGAAGCCCUCUGCAAUGGUACGAAUGAUGCUACUGCUUUGUCAUAUGAUGCAGCAAUAUCCGCUUUGACUACUUCUGGGAUUCCCGUGGGUUGCUCUCCUGGAGGAACCAUUCCGUCAGGACAACAAGCUGUGUCUGGUGGCCCAUCUCCUCUCUCUGAUGUGAUUUUCCCAGACAAUGGCCUGCUGUACAUAGCUGAGGACCUUCCGAAUUUCGGUAUCUGGCCAGAAGAGCCGUGA